UACUUUUAAUCCUAGAUCUAGUUGACCUGAGAGUGAGAUUGAAAGAAAUCAAGAACAAGACGAGGUCAUAGGUUAAUCUAUUUUCGUUUCAGAUGAGGUCAGCUGAAGCUCAACUUUUAAUAAACCAAGUCAAAUAUCCAAUCUAUAAAGGAACGUGCAGUGUUAAAAACAAUGAUAGCAAUGAAAAUAUGGAUUUAGAUCUAGAUCUACAUUCUAUCUAGAGGAUCUAACUUCUUAGUGUGCACUUAGUUCAAUCUUUUGACUUCUUACCAAGACUGUAAUUUCUAUAGUGAUACGUUGUUGCUACAGUCUAGGACACUCUAGGCAGUCUAGGAAUAGAUCUCUUCUCUACUAUUAUUGCCACUGACUUGUCAUCACACUCACACUAGGUGACUAGUGUAGUACUCAGUCUCAGUAGUCACAGUCACAGUGCCGUUUCCAUAAUUCCAGUGAAUCAUGGUGAAUUGAAUGAGUGAUGAUUGUUAUGGGAAUUUUUAGUCUUUGUUGUACUUGUAGUUUUAAUAACUUAAACUUUUUCACUAAAAUCGACGUUUCAGUUCUUCAAUCACAGUCAGACGCUGAUCUAGUUAGAUCUAGUCUAGUGCUCAUCACUCAGUGAUUCACUGCAUUUUAUUAAAGGCAUUCUUUAUUAAGAUGGCAACAACUUGUAGGAUGCAAUGCUCUAUUUUAAUUUUACCCAAAAAAGUGUUUCAACUUUCACCUGUGAUACUAUGUCGUUCUUUAUCCGACGAUUUCCACAAAAGAAAUGAGAUUGGCAACACAAACUCUCAUGGACGUUCACAAGAUGUGAGGAAGGAAUUUCGAAAUGUAACCAGUUUUUAUUAUCAAAGUGCCAUAGAUGCUGCUGCUAUGCAGCCUUCUGUACGUUUGACACCAGCUGCCAUUUUAUAUUCUGGUAAAAGUCCAGACAGAAGUCACAUCUUGAGAAGUGUCCAGUACUUAAGCAAAGAGUUGCCAGUGAGAAUCGCUCACAGGAUCAAUGGGUUCCGGAACUUGCCAUUUAUAGUUGGAUGUCAUCCAAUAAUUCUUAGCGUUCAUGAACUUUUCAUUCGUGCUUUCCAUAUUUUAAGUGAUUUCGGUCCAAUCAAAGAUUUGGAACAAGAAGCUAAAUGGGCAGAAACUUUGCGCAGCCUUUUAGAUGACCACAAGGAUGUUGUCACUCAGCUAGCUGAGGGGUUCUCAGAAUGUCGCAAAUAUGUCAGUGAUGAAGCUUUGAUCAAAACAUUUUUAGAUCGAACUUUGACCUCAAGAUUGGGAAUCCGUAUGUUGUCUGAACAUCAUUUAUCAUUGCACGAUGAAAAGCCCAAUCAUGUUGGAAUCAUCAACAUUGCAUUUUCUCCAAGGAAGGCUGUGGAAAAGAAAGCUGAGUUUAUCAGGAGUGUGUGUAUGGCCAAGUAUGGAGCAGCACCUUACGUCAAGAUCAAUGGGCAUGUCAAUGCCACUUUCCCGUACAUACAGCCACCUCUUGAUUACAUCCUGGGGGAGAUUCUAAAGAAUGCUAUGAGAGCAUCAGUUGAGUCACAUCUAAAUGGUGCUGGUAUUCCAGACAUCAAUGUGACCAUAGCAAAUAAUGACCACCACUUUGUUUUCAGAAUUUCUGACAGAGGUGGGGGUAUUCCAGCCAAGAUUGUCCACAAAGUUUUUGACUACAACUUUACCACCAGCGGAUCUCUAGUGGAUGACAAAGUGGAUGGUGGAUUGUUUGGACAAAUAAUGGACAAUGGACACACUGGACCUGCACCUGGAAAGAUGCAUGGGUAUGGAUUUGGACUACCAACAUCACAAGCCUAUGCUAAGUAUUUAGGUGGCUCGUUGACUCUAGAAACACUAGAUGGGAUUGGAACGGAUGUGUACCUGAGACUCAGCCAUAUUGAUGGGAGGUCUGAAAGCUUCCGAAUUUGAAAGCUGGUUGUUCAGAAUAAUGAAUGGCAAGUGAAGUUGACAAAAGACAUGCUGAAAAUGUUUAUUGUAUAAAUAUAAUAUAUAUAUAUAUAUAUAUAUAUAUAUAUAUAUCAGUUAUAAGGAGGAGAACUGUCUUAAGUAGACUAAGUUGUAUUCACAUUAUCUGUGUUGUUAAGACAGAAAAAACAAGUCAUUGUCUCAAGUGCUAGUGAUUUGCUUUAGGUUUAGUUCACAACUGAAAUGAUUAUUUUGUUGUUUAUUAUCUUGUAUCCACAUCAUCAAUCUGUUGACAAUGGUAGGUGAUGGUGUUUUCAGGUCUUCAUUUAUUCUAUUUCAAUUUUCUUGUUAAGUUGUACCAUUAAGUUUCUAAACUUAGGCAUUGAUUUCAGCACUAAACUUACUACAGACUAUUUGACCACUAGCUGAGAUGUGUUCAUAGAUAUGGAUCACAGUAAAAGUUUAAAAGCUUGCUAAUAAUACAUAUGACUAAGAACAUACUGCAAGAAUGAGAAUAACUAUAAAUAUAAAGUCAUUUCCCUUUAGGCACCCUUAUUAUAUAAACUCUUAUUAGGACAGAUCUUGUGUAAAGAGUUCUGUUUAUGGGCUGUUUACCCUUGGCAAUGUGUUCACGUCUAGGUUUUCAUGUAAUAUGAAUUGCUUUAAACAGGUUAAUAAUGCUGAUAAAAGAGACAUGAUGCAUUAAAUGAACUUAAAAAAAAACA